AUGACGAUACUGGGAACAGAGUACUGGGAAGCACGGAACCCCUCGUGUUUUAUCGAUGAUUUGCGACGAGACAGCCAGAACCAUAUCCCUCUUAUUGAGAAAAUUAGACGCACUGGUGCCCUUAUGGAAUUCAAGAUAUACAAUAAUACGAGAGAUUUGAAGCUCUCUGCAGGAAUUCUAGGGGAACUAACCCUGCAGUCCAUAUGGAUAGGCGACACUAAUGUUACAAGUAUUCAACCGUCGUUCAUCCUCCCUUCCAAGGAUCGUCUGAAGGAUUUCACUCUGCAGAACAGUCACCUGGAAGAGUUCCCUUUCCAUAUCAUCCCAAGAUUACGAAGUCUCAAUAAACUAUGGCUCCGGAACAAUUCCUUGACCUCAAUUCCUAGUCUCCAAAGCCUCAGCCUAGAGAUAUUGGACUUCAAUUACAAUAAGAUUAAUACAAUUGAUGUAGACGGUUGGAUGACUCCUAACUUGCGGGAAUUUGACAUCGGUCACAAUCCGCUAUCGAGUUUCCCGUCGGCUGUGGUGAAGGGUCUGGAAAAACUAGAGGAAUUCUAUUGUUCCGGUUGCAAUCUGGGACCCACCCUUUUAAGGGGGCAGUUGGAAUUCCGCAGCAAGACCUUGAAGAAGAUGUCACUCUUGGACAACAACAUCUCACGACUUGAGCCGGAAGCCAUUGCAGGAAUUCUAGGGAAACUAACCCUGCAGUCCUUAUGGAUUGGCGACACUAAUGUUACAAGUAUUCAACCGUCGUUCAUCCUCCCUUCCAAGGAUCGUCUGAAGGAUUUCACUUUGCAGAACAGUCACCUGGAAGAGUUCCCUUUCCAUAUCAUCCCAAGAUUACGAAGUCUCAAGAAACUAUGGCUCCGGAACAAUUCCUUGACCUCAGUUCCUAGUCUCCAAAGCCUCAGCCUAGAGAGAUUGGACUUCAAUUACAAUAAGAUUAAUACAAUUGAUGUAGACGGUUGGAUGACUCCGAACUUGCGGGAAUUUGACAUCGGUCACAAUCCGCUAUCGAGUUUCCCGUCGGCUGUGGUGAAGGGUCUGGAAAAACUAGAGGAAUUCUAUUGUUCCGGUUGCAAUCUGGGACCCACCCUUUUAAGGGGGCAGUUGGAAUUCCGCAGCAAGACCCUGAAGAAGAUGUCACUCUUGGACAACAACAUCUCACGACUUGAGCCGGAAGCCAUUGCAGGUGUUAAUUCUGAUACGACUGUUCACCUUACCCGGAACAACAUCACUAUAUUGGAGGAGAAUGCCUUCCGACCCAUCCUGGAGAUCAUGUCCCUGGGAGAUGGAUUGCUCUAUUUAUAUGACAAUCCCAUCCACUGUGAUUGUACUUUGGAUUGGCUGACACUCACUCCUGCAUUGAUGAAAAAAUUGGAGGGCACAUGUGCCAAUGGGACUGCUUUGAGACAGUUGCAUCUGGCAGAAUUGCGGAGAACAUGUUGCCGAUAUCCCAACACGUGUGUCAACGACAAAUUAAUCGUCCAUCGAAAUUUGGCGGCCAGAAACAUUCUCCUGGCAGAAGAGAACGUCGUGAAGAUUUCAGACUUUGGCUUUGCCAGGGAUAUCCAUGUAAACAAUCAGUAUGUCAAGAAAGGAGAUGGUCCAGUACCUUACAAAUGGAUGGCGUUGGAAUCACUCAUCCAUGAGAAGGUUUAUACUAGCAAAUCAGACGUUUGGGCAUACGGAAUUACGCUCUGGGAGAUUUUCAGUCUUGGAAAGACUCCAUAUCAAGGCAUGACGUUUGGAGAACUCAUCCAGCGUCUGCAAGCCGGCUAUCGCAUGGAGGCUCCUGAUUACGCCAGUGAACCGAUCUAUCAAAUCAUGAGGAAGUGCUGGUAUGCCGAUCCAAAUGAUCGGCCUACAUUUUCUGUGCUGAGUGCAUGGCUUGCUACUAAGAUGCCAGAAUCUGAACAUCAAAUCGUCCAUCGAAAUUUGGCGACCAGAAACAUUCUCCUGGCAGAAGAGAACGUCGUGAAGAUUUCAGACUUUGGCUUUGCCAGGGAUAUCCAAAUAAACAAUCAGGUCCAGUACCUUACAAAUAUAAACAAUCAGUAUGUCAAGAAAGGAGAUGGUCCAGUACCUUACAAAUGGAUGGCGUUGGAAUCACUCAUCCAUGAGAAGGUUUAUACUAGCAAAUCAGACGUUUGGGCAUACGGAAUUACGCUCUGGGAGAUUUUCAGUCUUGGAAAGACUCCAUAUCAAGGCAUGACGUUUGGAGAACUCAUCCAGCGUCUGCAAGCCGGCUAUCGCAUGGAGGCUCCUGAUUACGCCAGUGAACCGAUUUUACGUAUUUUGGAGCUGAACAAGCCAUACGAGGAAAUGAACGCCGAGCACUUCAAAACGCACCCUGAUUACUUGCAACUGAUGGCACCUGGAGAAUUCGAAGAAGGAUGUCUUCAACCACGGGGAAUCCUGGAUUUGCAAAGUGAAUCAUCUGAAUCCAGCCCAGGCAAUACCAUUCACGAGUACUCCGAAAUCGGACAGGUUGGAUAUGAGCCUCCAAAAAUAAUUCCUCCUCGCAAAGUCUCGCAAAGCAUGCAGAGCCAAUAUGUGGAAGAUCCAAGCGAUUGGAUGUCAACUCAGAACAUCAUUGCAGAAUUUUUCCCCGAAUCGGAUCGUCAUGGGAAGUUCUUCGUGGAAGCAGGAGCCCUGGAUGGGCAAACACUUUCUAAGACUCUUUAUCUGGAGAAAAAGUACGGAUGGACUGGACUCCUCGUUGAGCCAAACCCUCAUCUUUUCAAGAAACUGUCAGAGAUGAGAAGAAAUGCUUGGUUAUCUCCUCAUUGUCUUUCUCCAAAGGAUGAGGUUAUACAUCGAGGGAGGUACGUGCCUGGCAUCACCCCGUAG